AUGUCUGGGCCGGCGGCUGGAAUCAACACUAGUACGGAAACUGCAGUUUCUGUUACUAGUGAAAAUUUUGAGCUAUGGAUACGAAUGGCCACAGACAAUAAGAUAAAUUCAACGAAUAGCUGGGAUUUCGCAUUAAUCGACUACUUUCAUGAUCUUUCGAUGUUCAAAGAAGGCGAUGGUAUCAAUUUUCAAAAAGCAUCAACUACAUUGGAUGGAUGUGUGAAAAUAUAUUCUUCGAGAAUUGAUUCGGCUGCUACAGAAACUGGACGUUUACUUUCAGGAUUAAGUUCUAGUGAGUUGCCUGGUGGAAAAAAUGAUGGAAAUAAUGCUUCAGAAGAAGAAUCAGAUGAUGAUGAUGUUGUUGAGAAAAGGCGGGAGCAGCAGAGAAAAUACCGAAAAAAUAGAGCCAGGAAUACUUUGGUUAGUAACUUUGAUCAGAUAAAAACCAAAAGCUUGGAAACUCAGUUUUUUGCAAACCCCAUUUUCAAAAAGGCGUUGUCAGAUUUUGAUGAGGGCGGGUCCAAAAGUUUAUUAAUGAAUAUGCUCAAGAUGUCAAGUCAAGGUCAAGUUAUGUUUGUCAUUGUGGGAAAAACACCAGAAUCAGUGUUAAACCCUGUAAACUGGAAAGACGAUUCGGCGAAAGGUUCUGAAUAUUGUUCUGACACACAGGCACCAAUUUCUCCAAGUGUGCCGAAUAACGACAUGAAAGAACAAGCGGUUGUACAUAUUAUUACAAAUGAUCAACAAGUUACCAAUAUAGAGGAACCGAAUGUUGAAACCGGAAAUAAUACGGAUGAGGUGAAAAGCGUACCAACAUCGGUUUCUAGUAAAGGUAUUUCGAUUUUAGGAGAUAUGGCCUUACAAAUGAAACAUGAUGCGCAGAUAUGUCCAUCAUUAAAUUCUUUAAAGGGAAUUGAUGCUGGUGAUACUAGUGUCACGCAAAUAUUGGAUCAAAUUGGGGAUAUUUCUUCUGAACCGGAAGAAGGUGUGUUUAAUGAAAAUGAGAACGCCGAGGACGGUUUCGAUUUUGAUACCGACAAGGACAGUACAGGUAAUUCAACUAAAAUAAAUAGAUCCCAGUAUUCGUUGUUUUUGGAAGAAGGUAUGGGUAAUGAUGAUCAGGAUUCGACAUUCAGAAGUUUGAAUUUAACAGGACUAUUUGAUGAAAAUGCCACUGGUUUGGAUGAAAAUAAUUAUUCAUCUGAGGCUGCUGAUGAUAGUGAUAGGGCUGCAAUUGCCAAAUAUUUUGAUAAGUUAUCGGGUGAUAAUUGGAGAGGACCUGAAUAUUGGAAAAUAUCCAAGGUAAAGACAUUUUUGAAAGAUGAAUAUCAUCAAUCAGCACUUGAUUUAGAUGAUAAAACCAAAUUAUCAGAUGGUAAAAGAAUAAUACCAAAAAAGACUUUGCCUACCAAGAAGUCGCCAUUUCUCGAUUUUUUAAACGACAAGAACGAUGUUCAGGAGGAAGAUAUCUUCAAACCAGGUCAGAUAUCGAAAAUAAUGCUUCCUGAAAAGGAAAUGGAAGUUAAUCCCGAAUUCAAUUGUCUGCCGGAAGAUUUUAAAUUUACUACAAAGCGUCUAAUAUGUCUCAACUUAAAGCCGGACAGUAGAAUCAACACAAUCCUAACUAAAAGAAGAAAAGUCUUUGGUGAUAUAUCGCGCGAAGACUCGACAAAAGUUGCAGAUGAGUCUUUCUUUGCAGAUGUCUACAAGGAUACUGUGGAAACUGGUGUCUCGGAUGAUGAUUUCUUUGGGGGAGACAAUGAUAAUGAUAUGGAGUUUGGUAAUGAGGAUAUGAAUGAUGAUAUGGAUCCUAAUGCUUCCUCUGCUAGUCAUAAAAGUGGCUAUGAUGAUCUACCCGCAAAUAAUGUAGAUGAAUUUGAAGCACCGGUUGCUGCACUUCCAGAAACAAGAAAGCACACGAAUGGAUUAACAUAUGCACGGAAAUCAAAGAGAGUCGAUAUACGAAUGUUGAAGGAACGUUUAUGGACUGCCAUCGGACAAAAUGAUAAAUGGACUAUAAAGAAACGAAAUAGUUCGGAACUCAAAGAUGAUGAAAAUUCUGCAAUUACAGAGACGGACAAGAAAAGUGGUAAUGAUACGGCGGAGCGAAAUGGCGCUGAUGCGGUCGAAUCCAAAUUGAAAUUAAGUGAGAUUGUACGGACCACGGCUGAUAUGUACGAUCCUCGUUCUCGGAAAGAUUUAUCGACAAGUUUUUAUUUUAUUUGUCUGUUACAUCUGGCUAAUGAGAACAACUUAAGCUUGGAAGGUACCAUGGACCGGAAUGAUAUCAUAAUUAGUAGAUGA